UUAUCGAUACUGAAAACAUAUUCAAGUCAGCUGUCAAAACGACAACAGUCAACAACACACAUCGAUUACAUAAAAAUGACGAGCUCGAUUAUUUUAGCCGGCCUCGGCGUGGCGGCUGUUGGCUUUGCUGGAAAACAUUUGAUGCGACGCAUGCCACAGAUGACAACGAAAUUCAAUGAGGCCCUCAAGAAUCUGCCGAAAUUCGAUGCGGAGAGCAUGGCUAAUGCCAAGUACUAUAAGGGCGGCUUUGAUCCCAAAAUGAACAAACGCGAAGCCGCUCUUAUUCUUGGUGUCAGUCCCAGUGCUCCAAAGCUCAAGAUCAAGGAUGCGCAUAAGAAAAUCAUGUUGCUCAAUCAUCCGGAUCGUGGUGGCUCUCCAUAUUUGGCGGCCAAGAUAAAUGAGGCCAAAGACUUUCUGGAUAAUGCUAAAUAGAGACCCAACUCGUUGUAAAUAAACUA